AUGAACAAGACGAAGUCAAACGACCUACGGGAAUCUAACCCACAACCUCCUGGUGAGAGGGAGAGGUUCAGCCCUGUGCCAGUGUACACGUGUGCCAGGGCCCGUGUGCCAGGGCCCGUGUGCCAGGGCCCGUGUGCCAGGGCCCGUGUGCCAGGGCCUGUGCACCGCGGACAGUUCCCCCGCUCCCCGCGCUCCAACCGACCCUCCGCGGCCGCUUCAGGCGCCUCAGCCCGGGCAGAACCUCCUCGGCCCGGGCAGAACCUCCUCGGACCGGCAGAACCUCCUCGGCCCGGGCAGAACCUCCUCGGCCCGGGCAGAACCUCCUCGGCCCGGGCAGAACCUCCUCGGCCCGGGCUGAACCUCCUCACUCGGCCCCUCGGUCCCGGUUUGCGCGCACACCUCACGGACCGCGGGACGGCGCAUCACGGACACGGACACAUCACGGACACGGACACAUCACGGACACGGCGUAAAGAUGAAGUCUGCCUCCUUGCUCCUCCUCCUCGUCUCCUCCGUCCUCGUCUCCUCUCCUCUCUCCUCCUCGUCUCCUCUCUUCCUCGUCUCCUCCUCCUCCUCGUCUCCUCCGUCGCUCCGCCCCGUCGCCCUGCAGCUCCUCCGGCUCUUCCGCCCGCGGCUGCCCCCCCCGCGCCGCGCUCGCCCGCCCCGGGACCCCCCGCCGUCGCCCUGGAGACCGACGACGAGGCGUUCGGUGGCUCGGAGAAGAGCAGGAGAGACGAGCCUCCCCUCUCCAUAGACCUGACGUUCCACCUGCUCCGGAACAUGAUCCACAUGGCCAAAGUUCAGAGUCAGAGGGAACAGGCGCUGAUCAACCGCAAAGUCAUGGACGAGGUCGGAAAGUGAACGCACCACUGACCCUGAACGCACCACUGACCCUGAACGCACCACUGACCCUGAACGCACCACUGACCACUGACUGAACGCACCACUGACCCUGAACGCACCGCGAGCACCUCCCCACUGACCCUGAACGCAUCACCCACUGACCCUGAAUGCACCACUGACCCUGAA